AAAUAUUAAUGCAAAAGAACAAUUCAUUUUUCUUUUUCUUGAUAUUAAAGAACAUUCAUUGAAGAAAUUUAUUGAUAAACAUGAACGCUUUCCACCGAACCAAAAAGGUACCACACGGAAUUGCGAAUUAGCUUGUAUUAUUUAGCUUACACCGCUCUGAAUAGGCAAAGUUAUGAAUAAAUGUCUAAAAUAGAGUUUUCAAUCGAUAUUUGAAUAUUUUUAACUCCAAAAAAUGAACAAUAUUCAUGUAGGAAGACAAGAGAGUCAGACCAUUUUCACCUAAAUUUUCCGUGAAAAAUGCAUACCCGCUAAAGGUUCUCUACGUGACAAUUAGUGGCGUGAAUUACCGUAUAAAAAUACACCUGCGGUGUCCAAAAAUAGCAUUCAAGUAUAUACUUGAGUCCAAAGCAUCUUAUUUCAAGACUUAUAACAAACCGGAAGAAGAAAAGUACAGUAAAUAUCCACAAUUAACCAUUGUAAGACAUAUAAGAUGUUACACCAGUCAAAAAUACAGACUGAUGCAUUAUCUUAGAAUUGGCAUUUAUACUUUGGGGAAUCUAUGCUCUGAUACUUUGCUCUAUUUAGUCUCAUUACAGGGUACGGUUUCCUUACUGAAAACUUUGCUGAAGUUGUCCGAAACUGAUCUACUCUGGUGAACAAUGUCAGCCAAAGAUAAAAUAACCCAUAAACCAUACAGGAACUGGGUGAGAGGAGCCCUCGGAUUAUACUUUCUGCAAGAAGGUCUCCACCCAUUUACUAAUGAUAUUGUUCGAGCAGAACAUGCACAAAUCUUAAAGAACCUUACGAAGUGCAAAAGUUGUGAUAUAGAAAAAAUUGUUCCAGCGCAUGCCGGCGGAAAGUGUAUUCAGAAGAAUAACAUGAAAUGCAACUGUAAAAAGAAGAAAGCAACAAAGCAAUGCGCCACAUGUGGCACGAUCUAUGACGAAAUAGUAAAUCGGCACCGUUUCAAAGAUCCGAACUGGACGACUGAUUGUUCUACAUGGUACAAAGACCAUUGGCAGUUUGCAAAAUGUUUCCUGACAACCACAGCCAAAGAAUCAAACAAAACUGCUGGCGCCACGGAUGCGUCUGGGUUACUGAGUAUAAUUAUAAAUGGUAUGUUCUUCGAGUCAAAACUUCAGUGCAGAAUUGAUCCAAUAAAUCACACUGAUAUUUUCAGUCAGGCACGAAUCAAAAGAAAUGAAAUUCUACACAACGCUACACAAGAAUUGACGGAUGACGAAGUGACCAUAUACCUAGAAUCUAUGAAAGCAGUGCUAGAAAUACUAAGUACUGAUUCAGCAGCUCAAGCAGCAGUAAAAAAGUUAGAAGAGAUUCUCAAAGACGAAUUAAACAUUACACUAAGUGAAGAAGCCAAGGUAAAUCAAGUCAUUCAAACUGAAAUAGAGGCCAUCAAGGUUUAUAGAACACUGGAAACGCAGAAAGAGGACUUGACUUCAGAAAUGAAUGCUGUUAAACUAAAUGUAGAGCCGAAAAAACAAAAGCUUGAAGACGGACAUGAUGACCAGAAAAAGAAAAUAGAAUCACAUGAAGAAAGACUACAAAUAUUAGAAAAGAGAGUGCAUAAAUUGGAAUAUAUCGCCAAACUAAAAGAUACUGAAGAAAAUCUGCAGAUGAGGAGUAAUUACCUGAAACACAAACGAGAUCUCCAAAAACACCUGGUGGAUGAAUAUCAGAAGGAAGAUGUAAAGACAUCGAUUUCUCCUCUUAUGACGCAACAAAAUAACAUCAACAUCAGUGACGUUUAUUCAUCACCUAGAAUGGUUGUGGAAGUAAAAAAAAAAAACGACAAGAACGGAAGCACAACUGAAGCUGCAAAAGACAGGGCAACAAAUAAUAAGCAUAUAGAAAUAGGCGACUUAUUUGGCACAGUCAAAAAAAGAAAUAGGAAAAUUUUUAUCGUAGGAGACGUAGGAACUGGAAAAAGUUCCCUUUGUAAAAUGAUGAUGCAACACUGGUGCAACUCCAUUAAAGAAAGAAGAAACACUGCCGAUUCAGGCGUCAAGGACGAGGAGGGCGUGACACAAGAAAAAGACAACGACACGUACGGUAUAAAUCAAUUUGAUUUCUUAUUUUAUGUACCGUUACGCGCAGUGCAGGAAGAUACUGAUGAAAUGCCGAAGGGCACUGAUGACAUUGUAGAUAUGAUAAAAGGUCGGUUAGAAAAGUAUAAGACUCUAGUUGACGAUAUAUUCACAAACGAUUCGGAGCGUGUUCUCAUUCUUGCAGAUGGUUUAGACGAGUUGAAACAGUCUAAAUACAGGAUACCACAAUGGAUACCGAAAUCUUCACAAGCAGGUAGUUCUACAAUACUUACAACAUCUCGGCCAUCAUCUCGCGGUAUCUUGAAUAUGAAGUCAUCAGACUGCGAUCUGAAAGUAACUCUAUUGGGUUUAAAGGAUAAAAUCUCUGUCCAAAAUAUGAAAGAAAAGUACAUGAAUUUAAUAGAUAAAAUGUCAGAUGUGGCAGCCUUUAAUGACGCACUUUCAAAUUUACCAUUAAAAGAUAUUGAGAAUGCUCCGAUGUUGCUGCAGCAGAUAAUCUGGCUGUAUUGCAAUGGCUAUGGUAAAGGUAAAUCUGGUAUAGGUAAAUCUAGAACUUCUGUUUACAUACACAUUUUCAAUGCUAUACUUGGGUGGGAAUAUGAAAGACGGGAAUAUGAAAGACAUAAGGAUUAUCCGAAGCUGCAUAGUAGUAGUUUUAAACAUCUUUCACUUCCAGAGUCUGUUGCUAAUUACCCCAGAUGUAAAGAAAAUCAAAAUCUGCUAGUUCUUUUAGGUACCAUUGCGCACAACGUGUACAUAAAGGGUAAUUACUCUUCACUUGUGUUCGGUCGGCACAAACUAAAGCAGUUGGGUAUAUCAGAUGAAGAUAUUGAUACAAUUGUACAGACUGGUAUUCUAACUGAAGUCAACUGUGCCGACCCGACAUUCGAGAAGUCACAACUUUCAUUUAUUCAUACAUCUUACGUGGAGUUUUUUGCUGCUCUAUACAUUUGCUGCAGUUGUUCUGAUUCUCCAUCGAGUAAUCCCUUUACUAUACUCGAGCGUCUCAUUGCAGUAACCUCUGUGACCGAAAUACUGCGAUUAGAAAAUGUACUUAUUAUGAUAUGUGGACUGGAUCCACGUCUCACAGAAAAUGUUUGUGACUGCAUAUAUAAGUUGACACCAAGCGAUGAGAAUACGGAUGAGAACAUGAAACGUCAGAUACAUGACUUGACUGAAGAUUGUUUAUCAGAACAUAAUUCCGUCGAUCAAGAAACCGUUGUUAAGUUUAAACUACGACUACGUCACUUAUAUAAGUGGAACUUAUAUAAUAGAUGGUUAUCUAUGCGUUUUUCUGAUUUAGUUCCUACUUAUGUCGAAACAUGUAGUUUGGGCUGUUUUGAUCUAUCUCAUGAGCAAUGUUCGUCGUUAGAAGCAUGCUUGUCACAAGCAGUAUCAUUACGAACUCUUGAAAUAGAUGACUUCAAAUGUACUAAGGACGAAUGUGAGGGUCAUACUAUUGACUUGACUAAUCAUAAAGAAUUGCAGAGUAUAAAGUUAUCAAGAAAUAAAAUGUCAGUUUCUGGUAUAAAUCAUACUUGUCUUCAAUCCUACAGAAUCUCAAACUGUAAAUUGUCACACGAGCAAUAUUCGUUGUUAUCAUCAUGCUUGUCACAAGCAGUAUCAUUACGAACUCUUGAAAUAUAUAGCUUCAAAUGUACUAAGGACGAAUGUGAGGGUCAUACUAUUGACUUGACUAAUCAUAAAGAAUUACAGAGUAUAAAGUUAUCAAGAAAUAAAAUGUCAGUUUCUGGUAUAAAUCAUACUUGUCUUCAAUCCUAUAGAAUCUCAGACUGUAAAUUGUCACACGAGCAAUGUUCGUUGUUAUCAUCAUGCUUGUCACAAGCAGUAUCAUUACGAACUCUUGAAAUAGAUGACUUCAAAUGUACUAAGGACGAAUGUGAGGGUCAUACUAUUGACUUGACUAAUCAUAAAGAAUUGCAGAGUAUAAAGUUAUCAAGAUAUAAAAUGUCAGUUUCUGGUAUAAAUCAUACUUGUCUUCAAUCCUACAGAAUCUCAGACUGUAAAUUGUCACACGAGCAAUGUUCGUUGUUAUUAUCAUGCUUGUCACAAGCAAUAUUAUUACGAACUCUUGAAAUAGAUGACUUCAAAUGUACUAAGGACGAAUGUGAGGGUCAUACUAUUGACUUGACUAAUCAUAAAGAAUUGCAGAGUAUACAGUUAUCAAGAAAUAAAAUGUCAGUUUCCGGUAUAAAUCAUACUUGUCUUCAAUCCUGUAUAAUCUCAGACUGUAAAUUGUCACACGAGCAGUGUUCGUUGUUAUCAUCAUGCUUGUCACAAGUAGUAUCAUUACGAACUCUUGAAAUAGAUGACUUCAAAUGUACUAAGGACGAAUGUGAAGGCCAUACAAUUGAUUUAACAAAUCAUAGAGAAAUGCAGGUAUUAAUGUUAUCAAGGAGUAGAAUAUCAUUUUCCGGCGUAAAUCAUACUCAUUUAAUAGAGGGUUGUGAUGGAGCAGAAUAUCAUUUUCCGGUAUAAAUCAUACUUGUCUUCAAUCCUGUAGAAUCUCAGACUAUAAAUUGUCACACGAGCAAUGCUCAUUGUUAUCAUCAUGCUUGUCACAAGCAGUGUCAUUACGAAAUCUUGAAAUAAGUCGUAUCGAAUGUACUAAGGACGAAUGUGAGGGUCAUACUAUUGACAUGACUGAUCAUAAAGAUUUGCAGAGUAUAAUGUUAGUAGCGUGUAAAACAUCAGUUUCCGGUAUAAAAAGUACGGUCCUUGAAUCGUGUAUACUCUUUGACUGUAGGUUAUCACACGAACAAUGCACAGCAUUAUCAUCAUGCGUAUCACAAGCCACAUUAUUAAAAGCGCUCAAGUUGUACGAGGUUGAAUGUAUCAAACCUGAGUGUGAAGGUCAUUAUAUCGAUUUAUCAAGUCCGAAUCAACUGCACGACAUAAGGGUUUCUAGGUGUGACAUAAUAACGCUUUCUAAGGUUACUGAAACUUGUCUUACGAAUCACGAACGGCUACACAGAUCACAUUUAUCAACCUUUAACACGAUAUUUAUCACCGGUAUAAAUCCUACAUAUAUCAAGCAGUGUGACAUCAGUGACUGUAAUCUAUCGCACGAGCAUUGCACGUCAUUAUGCACACUCCUAUCACAAGCAGAAUCUUUAGAUGAUAUUUCAGGUCAAAUGUAUUGAUGAUGAUUGUGAAGGUCAUUAUAUUGAUCUUACGAAUCACAAGCGGCUAAAACGCUUAAAGGUAUCAAGCUGUAACAUGAUAUCUGUGACCGGUACAAAUCCUACCUUUUCUUGGAGAUCAGUAACUGUGAUCUAUCGCACGAACAAUGCGCGUCAUUAUGCUCAUUCCUAUCACAAGCAGAAUCUUUAUACGGGAUUAACCUAAGUGGGAUCAAAUGCUGAAGGUCAUUAUAUUGAUCUCACGAAUUGCAAGCGGCUAAAUUACUUAAACACAUCAUAUUGUAACAUCAUAUCUAUCACCGGUAUAAAUCCUACCUGUCUCGCCCUGUGUGACAUCAGUCACUGUAAAUUAUCGCACGAACAAUGCACGUCAUUAUGCACAUUCCUAUCAAAACACUUUUGUAGAUAUAUAAUCAGACUGACCGCAGUCAAAUGUACCAAGGAGAAGUGUGACUGUGGAUAUAUUUUAAAUAGAAUUUCAACUGGUUGAUCAAAUACCAUCAACAUUGUUAUGUAGAUAGUAUAGUGUGAUUUUGACACACGAGAGUUCAAUUUAAAGAAUCGUCUGCCAGUUAGAGGCAUCAGCAUGAUUUUCUUUACUUUAUUGACAGAAUUAUAACCGUGAUGAAAUAUAAUAAGUAGAAAUGGUGUAGAAGUAAAUCUGUUGCCUGUAAUUCAAACUGUCGGGGUUCAAUAUUCAGACGAUGCCUUUUUCAAUAAACAUCUUUUAAAAUACCUUUAUUGCGUGUAAUUAAUGUCAUUUCAUAACAUUGAUAUUAUUUUUCAUUACACUUUAUUAUAUUUAAUACAAAUCAGUAUCAUUUCAAAGCAAUUCAGCUACAUUCACGGUACUUCAUCUGCUGUAUCUGUUGCUUCGCAGACUGUGUCAUUGGAUUCUGAAAACAAACAUGCGAUCUUGGAUUCCUGAAAAAAAGUGCGAUCAUUUUCCUUUUAUAACACUUUGAAGCACGAGUUUAUCGAACCAAGCGUUACACAUAAUAUUUUAGCACAUCUUAAUUUAACAUGCAUACAUUUCCAUUAACAUAUGUAAUAUAUACUGUAUUUGAAAAAAAGAUAAUGUAGUGCACAAUAUGUUAUUUAAAUUUAUCUCUUCCGCUCAUAGAUAUGAAUGUUAAAUAUGGUGAUUUAAAGAAAAAUGCAAUAAAAGAAUAGCGACGAUCUCAGGUUUCGAACCCUCGCCGACAAAAUACAAUUGUCACAUACCUUACUUGCGUGCUGUGGCAGCCGUUGAGAUCAAAUUUACUUCAUCGUUAAACUGAAUACUUAUAAAUGACGUAAACUCUUUUAAAUCAAAUUGGAGCAACACCCGUAGAUAACAGGCUGAUCCAUUAUUAAAAGUACAAAAACAUCGUUGACCUCAAAACCGUACCAGAGAGUGUUCGCGUCCAUUCAUAAACAAUAGCAGACUUUGAAUAAUUAUAAAAUGCUUUAAAAUCAGUUUUACCUGGCUACAUCCUGAUUUGAUAUAACGGGAUUUUGACUAUACGGCAUUGUCAUAUAUUACAGCCAUCAUUGUAAAAUAGGGUUAUUAUAACAGUAGCUUGAUCUGGAAUGCUGUAUUUGGUUCGAGUGGAUUUUGUGCCGAGUUUGAUCCGUCCUUGCAAAAUCCACGACAGCCGAAUACAAAUUCCCAGAUCCAGCCACUAUUGUUGUUAAAAUGAGAUGAGUGAUGUUUUUGUGUGUGCUAUUUGUAUAAAUGUGUCAGCUCAUGCAUAUUAAUGAAAGUAGUCUGCCAACAUAUAAUACGGAAGGUACAGUACUGGAUUUUUUUCAGUCUGUUCUUAUUUCUUUGUGAAAUGCAAGCUGUAUGUUUGACAGAAUUUAAAAUGGGUAUAUAAUAAACAUGUAUAUGUGUUUGGUGUAAAGAUAGUGUUUGUAAAAUACUUUCCUUUUGUCAUUGUAAAUGACUAAUUUAAAGAGCUUAGAUCUAUAAUAAUCAAAAUGCAGUAUAGAGAUAGGACCUAAAAUUUUCAAUGAUAGAAUUACAUUAAAUAAAGUCUAGAAAUUAAUUUCCAAGUCCUUGAAAUAACCAAAAAUGAUUUCACAAAUGUGAAGUUUAUGAUAGUUUUGUUAAUAUCAAUAACAGAAGUUUUAAUUUUUAAUUUAAAGUUGUGAUCCACAAAGAAUGACAACUCUUGCCUUGGGCUAGUACUUAUAAGUAGAGAUCUAUUAGUUUACUUCCCUUGCAAUUACACAAUUGAGUGGAAAAUGAAAACUGUUUAAGACACAAUAUCAUACUUUUUUGCACAACAAAAUCAUUAAGGAUUUAUUCAUUUGUGUUUGAUUUACCCCUCAAGACAUGGUUCCUAUGAUUCUGUCAACUUACAUAUGGUAAAAAAUUAACUUUUAACAAGCCAAUAAUAAAACGAAGUACCAGUAGGUAAAUAAUAGUGCAGAUAAUACAGUUUUGCUUGUAUCAAAAUGUCACAAUAGAUCCACUUUUGUAAUACAGAACACCUGGUAGGAUUAGUAAAGGUGCAAUUAUAUUGAUCUCUAUUUCCUAUACCUAUGCAGUAUUAUGUAUAGAUUUUAGCACGUUACUACGCAUGUGUUUGCAUAUAUUUUCUGCAUCAUAUUUUGUGUUUAAUUUGAUAAUGUUUAUAUUCUAAGUCAAAUUGUAUGUACUUAAAAUCAGAUGAUCAAGAAACUAUUUCUUGCCUAUCUAGCGAGAAAAGUACACAUUUGUCCGGGCACGCGCCCAGGAUAGAUAUUGUUGUCUUUCUAAAAUAGCGUGCACUAAGUUGACGUCACAUAGUAGAUCCUGACAUCAUUAACUAUAAAAUAAAGCCCCUUUUAGUCACCAUGUUCUAUUUUGAACGUGAUAGGCAAGAAAAAAAGAUUUUACAUAUCUGCCUGUAUAAGACACCUGUUUUGUCCAUCCCUUGGACAGCUUGGAUAAACGCUCGUUUCGUUUUUUUACAUUCCAUACUGUCCCUCGUGUCGGGAAAAAAAACCGUCUUACACAGACGGCAUUAAAAUCCUUAUCUAUAGACAAAUAUUUUAUGCAAUAAAACAUUUCUUAAUUUCUUAUGGAAUGUCUUUGUAUUUUAUGGAAUAUAAAUAUAAUAAAUAAAAUGAGAAAACAACAAUAGUUACUGUUUUUGGCCAUAAUAUCCCAACGCUCUCCUAAAUAAUGAAUUCAAUUACUCAUUAUUGUACGCCCGUCUCUGAAAGAGCGGGGCGUACCCGUGGCGGACAGGCGGUCGGCAUCCAAAGCAUGUCAGCUGUCUAAGUCGAUCGGUUUUCAUCCGAUCUUCAUAAAACUUGCUGAGAAUAUUUUUGGCAUAAUAUCUCGGCCAAGUAUAAUACCCAGCCAAAUCCCCCAAUGCACUCUUGGAUUAUGACCCUUGAAUUAUUCGAAAAACUGCAAAUUAGCCUUGUCCGCUCUCGUAAGUCAAACAGUUUUCAUCCGGUCUUCACCAAACUUGCUGACAAUGUAUGUGGGUAUAAUAUCUCGGCCAAGUUUAAUAACCAGCCAAAUCGCCCCAGUAGAGGUAGUCUUUGAUUAUGUCCCUUGAAGUGCUCGAAAACCAGCGAAUUUAGCCUUGUCCGCUCUUUAAGUAAAACAUUUUUCAACCGAUCUUCACCAAACUUGCUGGUUAUGUUAGUGGGCAUAAUAUCUCGGCCAAAUCACCCCUGGAACUCUUGGAUUAUGGCCGCCCUGGAAUUAGGCCAAGUUCGAUGACGGGCGCAUUUUGUGACAGUCUGGCUCUCUUGUUGUACAUAUUGUGGUGUGACCUUCAAUAAAACCCUGAAAGAAACAAAAAUUGAAAGUUUAUUCCCAUGCAUUUUAUCUUGUAACGAAAAGUGAUUCCAAAAGAAUGUGUGCAUUUAGUUUUCUGUUAUUUUUUCUCGGUUAUUUUCAUGAAAACUUAUAAUAUUUGGUACCAAAAUUUAAAUCAGUUCGUAAACAAAUUGGUGUGCAUUUUAGAUUUUGAGUUAUACCUGAGAGUUAGUGUAUGAAAAAAUGAAACAAAAACGUCGGGAAAAUUUUUGAAAUAUUUAAACUUAAAAAGUGCACACUUUCUUUUGGAACUGAGUCUAUGCACUAAUUAAUUCAGUA